GCCUUAGGAGCGAGCGGGACGCUUGUCCCGCGAGGAGUUCCGCGGGAAGUGGCGGGAGCGGCAGCUAUGGAGUCGCCGGAGGAGAAAGAAGUGCAGGUUGCCGCGUGGUUAAAAAAAGUAUAUGGAGAUCAUCCCAUUCCACAGUAUGAGGUGAACCCACGGACCACAGAGAUUUUAUAUCACCUUUCAGAACGCAACAGGGUCCGGGACAGGGACGUCCACCUGGUAAUAGAGGACUUGAAACAGAAAGCAAGUGAAUAUGAAUCAGAAGCCAAGCAUCUUCAAGACCUUCUUCUGGAGAGUGUGAAUUUUUCCCCUGCCAAUCUCUCUAGCACUGGUUCCAGAUAUCUGAAUACUUUGGUUGACAGUGCAGUGGCCCUUGAUACAAAGGAUACCUCACUAGCUAGUUUUAUCCCUGCAGUGAAUGAUUUGACCUCUGAUCUUUUUCGUACCAAAUCUAAAAAUGAAGAAAUCAAGCUUGAACUGGGAAAACUUGAAAAAAAUCUAACUGCAACUUUAGUAUUAGAAAAAUGUCUACGAGAGGAUCUCAAGAAGGCAGAGUUGCAUCUGUCUACAUUAAGGGCCAAAGUUGACCAUCGUCUUCAGAACAUGGACUUUCUGAAAGCAAAAUCAGAGGAGUUCAGAUUACAAAUCAAAGCUGCAGAGGAGCAGCUUUCAGCCAGAGGCAUGGAUGCUUCUCUGUCUCAUCAGUCCCUAGUAGCACUGUCAGAGAAAUUGGCAGAGUUAAAACGACAGACUAUACCUCUGAAGAAAAAACUGGAGUCCUAUUUAGAUUUAAUGCCGAAUCCAUCUCUUGCUCAAGUGAAAAUUGAAGAAGCAAAGCGAGAAUUAAGGUACCUAAAUUGCAGUCCCAGAGUUGCUGUGUAUCAUUCCCAUGUAUCUUUUAAUACUUUUUUGGCACUGUGUGUCUGUGAUUCCAUUGAAGCUGAACUUACAAAGAAAGUAGAUAUGAUGGAACUGUGACCAGAGCCAAGAUAAACAACCUCUUCCCUAACAAAGUAAAUUUAACAGGACUUUUUAGAAUUUUUUCCCUUUAUCAUUUCUUAAUAAUGUAGUUCCUGUGUUCUUAGAUGAGAUGAUAAUGUCAUUAUUGAUAGAAUAAUGGUUUCUUGUUGUAUAUUGCAUUUUUGUGCGCAAAUAGGAAAUUUUCACAUUAAAAAACCUUUUCUCUU